CCGCGUUUGGGACAACAGCAAAAGAAAAAUGCCCAUUCGGAUCAUCGGGAACAGCAACUCGGUUUUGUCACAAGGAUGAUGGCUGGCAGAAACCAAGUCUACUGAAUUGUGUGUCCAACUCAUUCUUUGUUUUGCAGCAGAAGCUAAAAAACUUGACGUCUGGUAACGUUGACUGGAAGCCAGAUUUCGCCCUUGGUAUAGGACAGCAGUUAGAUCUUGCCAUCACGUUAUCCCCUCAACUGUACGCCAGAGACAUAGAAAUCGCACUGACGAUUAUUACCACUCUGUUUGGAUACGAGAGUCAACAAAACUCCAGCACGCUUGUUUCAGCCAAGACCAAGGAGUUUGCGAAGAUCCUUCUUCAGUCAGCCAGUACGCUGUUUAGCUCCGAUAACAAAGAUGUGUGGGACGUCGUUCAACGGCACUCCGCAGGGACAGCGGCUUUGUUAAAACAGAUGGAAAACUUCAGCGGAAACUUAGCCAGAAGUCUACCGUACUUAAAACGAGACUCGCGCAGAUACAGGCGCUCUACCGACAGCAUUUUGCCACCGUACACGAUUAUUACUCCCAAUAUUGUUAUGGAACUUCAUCCAGUGUAUGUCAAAGGAUUCUCUGGAUUAUCGUACCCCGCGAGAACAGACGUUUACAGCGACUCUCCUUAUAAAAUUUGGCGUAAUAUCUCCAAUAGAAUUUACCUUCCUAAACCUUUCUUUCGUGGAACAGACGUGGAAGACAACAUAGGAGUUGGCUUCAUGAUCAUCAGAAAUAUCGGAGAUUUAUUACCCAAGGCGUUUGACGCGAAGAUCCGUGACUCGAAGUACAACGUUGAAGUCAGCUCUGAUGUCAUCUCUGUCAAGUUACCUGAGAUGGAAAUGGCUCCCUUAACAUAUCCUGUCCGCAUUGCCUUCGCCAACAGACUUGUGAAUCGAUCGUCUUACAUUUGUGUGCACUGGAAUUAUUCAGUACCAGACACGCGUGGUGGUGGUUGGUCACGUUACGGGUGUAAAUCAGUGAAGACCAAUAUAACUCACACAGUUUGCUCUUGCACUCACCUAACGGCUUUUGCAGUCCUGUCAGACUUAAAUCUUCAGUAUCCCGAGCAAGCAGCCUUUGCCAUGCGUUUGGUGACGUACAUUGGUAUUUCGGUGUCCCUGGUUCUGUUAUUGAGAGCUUUUAUACUAUUCUUGUGUCUAAGGUAAUUUUUAUUUGAUUUUCGU